AUGUUCUCGUCCUCCCACCUGCACGUCCCGGGCGGCGUCGAGGUUGAGGUGCACCCCGUGGUGCUCUUCAGCGUGGUCGAUCACUACAGCCGGCGGGAGGAGGGGCAGGGGCGCGUCAUUGGCACGCUGCUUGGGACAGGCGCGCCCGUUGAGAUCUUCUCGUGCUUUCCGGUGCCACACACGGAGAGCGAGGAGCAGGUGGCGGUCAACACGGACUUCCACGCGACGAUGCUCUCGCUCUACCAGCGGGUGGUCGGCUGGUACUCGACGGGGGACGGGGUGAGCGACUCUUCGCUGCUGUUCCACGACUUUUACGGGCAGGACGUCGAGCGGCCCGUCCACCUCCUCGUCGACCUCGGCCUCGGCACGCGGCGCAUGAGCUGCAAGGCCUACGUCUCCAAGCAGCUCUCGCUGGGCGGAGCGACGCUCGGCACGUCCUUUGAGGAGGGGGUGAGGAAGCUCGACCGCCACUACGGCUACUACCUCUGCGCCUUGUGCAGCACGAAGAAGGGCGCGCUCUUCGGGGAGACUGGCACGAUCGGCUCGAACUGCUCCAACGUGCUGCGCCACACCGCGGGCGAGUCGCACCUCCGCGCGUGGCUCGCCGACCUGCCGGUGGACGCGGAGAAGCCGACGCUCGCCAAGCUGCAAACGUCGAUCGCGCACAAGUGGCUGGGCAGCGCCCGCUCACAGCGCACCACGCAGACCAAGGUGCGGGUGCAGCGCAAGGCGCAGAAGAUUGCGACCAGCGCGGCGGUCGACGCCGCUGUGGCCGCUGGCCGGGCGGCGGCGGGGGCGCUGACGCCGGUGACGCCGGCGGCUACGCAGCUGCCCCCCUCCUACGGCGUGAUCACGCCGGCAGCGGCGGCCGCCUGGGGAGCGCAGAUGGCGGCGCAGGCGCAGGCGGCGGCGGCACAGACGGCGGCGGCCACCCCCACCCAGACGCCGUAG